AUGGCUGAGCUAGCGGCCAGCCUGGUGGUUGGGCCGCUGGUGUCCCUGCUGAAGGACAAGGUGUCCAGCUCUCUCCUGGACCAGUACAACGUGAUGGAGGGGGGCAUGGAGAAGCAGCGCAAGAUCCUCGAGUGCAUCCUGCCUGCCAUCCUCGACGUCAUUGUCGAUGCCGAGAAGCAGGCGUCUCGCCGACGAGGAGUAAAGGCAUGGCUUGAGGCGCUCAAGACGGUGGCAUAUGAGGCGAACGACGUCUUCGAUGAGUUCGAGUAUGAGGCACUCCGCCAUCGAGGCAAGAAGGAUGGGCACAUCACCAAGCUCGGCAUGGCUGGAGUAAAACUCUUCCUUACUCACAACCGGGUUGCGUUCCGUUGCAGGAUGGGAAACAAGCUUACUGGCAUUGCUGAGGCCAUCAAGGUCCUUGUGGAGGAAAUGAACGUUUUUGGAUUCGACAAAUUUCAGCUUGAGGCACCAGCAUGGAACAGGUGGCGUGAGAUGGAUUCCGUUAUCGUUGAUCCUGAAAACAUUGUUAGUAGAUCUAGAGAAAAGGAGAGGAAGAAAAUUAUUGAGAUAUUGCUCAGCCAUCAAGCUAGCAGUGGUGAUCUCUUAGUUCUUCCCAUCGUUGGAAUGGGAGGAUUGGGCAAGACCACCCUCGCUCAACUCAUCUACAAUGACCCUCAGAAGACUAAGCCAGAGGAGCUAGUUAAGUUGGUUGGCCCGAUUACAGAGAGAUGUGUUGGAUCUCCAUUGGCAGCCAAAGCGUUGGGGUCUGUAUUGUGUAACAAGACCACUAAGGAAGAAUGGGAGGACAUAUUACGUCGAAGCAGGAUAUGCGUUGAUGAGACCGGGAUUUUACCUAUACUCAAGCUCAGCUAUAAUGACUUGACAACUGACAUGAAGCAAUGCUUUGCCUUUUGUGCUAUGUAUCCAAAGGAUUAUCAAAUUGAUGUUGAAAAGCUUAUCCAACUAUGGAUGGCCAAUGGUUAUAUCUCAGAUCAAAACAAGGUACCUGCUAAAACCAUGGGUAAACGGAUUGUCAAUGAGAUGGUCUCAAGGUCAUUCUUCCAGUAUGAGGAGCAAAGAUGGAUUGGGUAUAGUUCUACAACUUUUGUGAAGAUCCAUGACCUCAUGCAUGAUGUUGCACUUUCUGCUUCAGAGAAGGAGUGUGUUUGUAUAACUGAUGAAUUUAUUGAAAGUGGUGACUUGCUUCCUGGUGCUGACCGCCAUAUACUUUUUCAAACAAGCAUGGACAAAAAGGGAUUAAAUUUUUUAUUUGGUACUACGAAGGAGAAGUUUCCACCUAUACAAACAAUGAUAUUUGAUAGAUCUUAUUUUUACCAUCAAGAUGUGCCACAUUCAUCAAAAUUAAGUUCUCUCCGAGCACUUUCUAUGCCAGUAUCAGGGGCUCCUUUGUCAAUAAAACCAAAGGACAUGUGCCACCUUAGGUACCUUGAUCUCUCAAGUAAUGUUGGCAUCGAAGCACUUCCAGAUGAUAUAAGCAUCCUAUAUAGUCUCCAGACACUAAAACUUUCUAACUGCAGCAGUCUCAAAAGACUUCCUGAGCAAAUGAAGCACAUGAGUAGCCUUCGUCAUCUCUACACAGAUUACUGCACGAAGCUGGAGUGCAUGCCUCCAGAGCUUGGACGAAUCACCUCGCUUCGAACAAUUACAUGGUUUGUAGUGGGAAGUGGCUUGAAUUGUAGCAGUCUUGGAGAGCUAAAGGAUUUAAAUAUUGGUGGUUCAUUAAUGCUAAAGCAGCUGGAAAAUGUGACAGUGAGAAGAAAUGCAAAGGCAGCCAACCUUGAGAAUAAAAAGGAACUGAUACAAUUGUCACUACGGUGGACAAGUGGCAAGGAGGAUGAACAACAAUGUCAUGAGGUGCUACAGAGUCUCGAAGCUCAUGAUGGACUGCUGGCUCUCGAAAUAUAUUCCUACCAAGGCACCAGUUUCCCAUCAUGGAUGGGUAUGUUGAAAAACAUGGUUGAGCUUCGGUUAACUAAUUGUAGUAAAGCGGAUCAGCUUCCUGAAUUCGAACAGCUAGCAGAACUACAAGUCCUUCAUUUGGAAGGAUUGGAAAAAUUGCAAUUCCUGUGUAGCAGCCGUACAUCCUCCGCAUUUGGAAAGCUUAAGGAUCUUAAGCUUGUUAAUCUUCAGGUUUUUGAUAGAUUUUGGGAGGCAACACAUGGAGGCACCGUAGCAUUUCCUCAGCUUGAGAUAUUGCACAUUAAAGGCUGUAAAAAUUUGGCAGCAUUACCAGAAGCAUCAGUGCUCAGAGAACCGUAUGGUGGUGGAGACUACACAGUGGCCCGGUCCGCCUUUCCAGAACUGAAGAAGCUCAAUUUGGAAGAUUUAAAUAGCUUUGAGAGAUGGGAUACUGCCAUUGAAAUUGAAGAAGAACAUGCACUGUUCCCUUUGCUUGAGAUUGUUGGUAUCGAGAAAUGCCCAAAGUUAACAACUCUACCUAGCGCACCAAAGGUCAAAGAACUGGUUUUGCAUGAAGCAAAUCAACAGAUUUCUCUAGGAGGAAUCAGAUGUAUGACGUCGUUGUCCAGUUUGUCUUUGGAGGGCGUCAAGCUGGAUGAUAAGGAGGAAUGGGACCAUCCGUCGUCUGUGGUAGCUAUGAAACUAUUGAGCUGCAGUUUGUUCUUCCAACCACGUGCACUAGCACUGUGGGUUUGCUAUGGGCAGCUGCAGGAUCUGAGAAUUGAUAGCUGCGAUGAGCUUGUGUACUGGCCGGAGAAAGUAUUCCAAAGCUUGAUUUCCUUGCGGAGGCUAUGGAUUAGCCAUUGCGAUAAUCUAAUUGGAUACGCAGCGGCAAAUGCUCCUGACCAGGAAACAUCAGGAAGGAGCCGACUUUUGCCCCAUCUUGAGUAUCUGGAAAUAUCUUGGUGUGGAAGUCUGGUAGAGGUCUUCAACUCCCCUGCUCUCAAGAGGAUGGAAGUUGGAUUCUGUUGUAAGCUUGAGUCCCUAUACGGCAGGCAACAGUUGACUCAAGAGGCUAGUAGUACCGAUGACGUGGCGGCAUCCACACCUGUUGAGGAGAAGCUGUCACCAUGGGUGGACCCGGAUAAGCUCCUUCCAUCAUCUUUAGAAUCUCUAACAAUAUCUAGCUGUGACGGGUUGUCAGAGGGCAAGUGGAUGCACUCCAACACCUAA